AUGCAGUGUUAUACUGAGCUCUUACCUCCCACUGGGGUCACUCAUUCGUUGGCACUUCCUUUUACCUCUGAAUCAGCGAACAACUUGGUGGUUGCUAGAACUUCUCGUCUCCAGAUAUUUUCUUUGCUUAAUGUUGACCCUCAACCUGGAGGCGCCGAAGAACAGGGUGUCUCAAAGCUGAUCUUAGAGAGGGAAUAUGCUCUUCCAGGAACAGUAGCAGAUCUAUGCCGGGUUAAACUCUUGAAUACCAAGAGUGGCGGCGAAGCUAUUUUGCUUGCCUUCCGAAGCGCCAAACUUGCUUUGAUCGAAUGGGACCCGCGACGGUAUGGCAUCUGCACAAUCUCUAUCCAUUAUUAUGAGCGGGAUGAUUCGACUAGUAGUCCAUGGGUACCUGAUUUGAGCAGUUGCGGCAGCAUCCUUAGUGUGGACCCAAGCAGUAGAUGUGCGGUUUUCAACUUCGGGAUCCGGAAUCUCGCUAUCCUUCCUUUCCACCAGCCUGGGGAUGACCUGGUGAUGGAUGAUUAUGGCGAACUUGACGAGCAGAGACUUGGCAGCCAUGGGCCAGGAAGUGGCACUGAUUGUGAUUUGACCAAAGAAAGCACCAUGCAUGGGACGCCGUACACGUCUUCUUUUGUGCUCCCUUUGGCGACGUUGGAUCCAUCAAUACUACACCCCAUAAGUCUCGCAUUCCUAUAUGAAUAUAGGGAGCCGACAUUUGGUAUUUUGUACUCGCAGGUUGCUACGUCUAAUGCGCUUCUUCAUGAAAGGAAAGAUGUUGUUUUCUAUACAGUUUUCACACUGGACCUAGAGCAGCGAGCAUCAACGACCCUACUUUCCGUGUCUAGAUUGCCUAGUGACUUGUUUAAAGUGGUAGCCCUUCCUCCUCCUGUUGGAGGUGCCCUGCUCAUUGGGUCUAACGAGCUUGUUCACGUUGACCAAGCGGGGAAAACCAAUGCAGUGGGGGUUAAUGAGUUCUCUAGGCAGGUUUCGUCUUUUUCAAUGACGGAUCAAUCAGACCUAGCACUUCGCCUUGAAGGCUGCAUCGUUGAGCGCCUUUCUGAGACCAAUGGAGACUUACUUUUGGUACCAAACACCGGAGACUUAGUCCUUGUCAAAUUUAGGCUAGACGGCAGGUCGGUAUCGGGCAUCUCAGUUCAUCCAGUUCCUCCCCAUGCCGGCGGAGACAUUGUGAAAUCCGCUGCUUCGUCAUCGGCUUUCCUUGGCGAUAAGAGAGUUUUUUGGGAAGUGAAGAUGCCGAUUCACUACUUCUGGGCUGAUCAGAGUGAAGAUGAUGUUUAUGAAGAUGAUCUUUAUGCUACGGUGCCAGAAGUCGUGGUAGACGGUCGCCGUCCCUCUGCAGAGUCGUCCGGCUCUAACCUGUACAACUUUCGGGAAUACGACAGACUUUUGAAUAUUGGUCCUUUGAAAGAUAUUGCUUUCGGAAGGUCUUUCACAAACCUUGGCGCGGAAGAAAAUGCCAGCAAUGGUUCGGGCCUGGAAUUGGUAGCUUCCCAAGGGUGGGAUAGAAGCGGUGGCCUGGCUGUUAUGAAGCGCGGGCUCGAGCUCCAAGUGCUCAAUUCCAUGAGAACAGACUCGGCCCGUUGUGUCUGGACAGCCUCUGUAGCUCAUAGGGACGAAGCCGUAUCUAAGAACACCACGCAAGGUGAAGAACGAGAAUUGCAUCAUUAUGUUGUCGUCUCAAAAGCAACGAGUGUCGACAGGGAACAGUCUGAAGUUUUUCGGGUGGAGGGACAGGAACUGAGGCCGUUCCGAGCCCCGGAAUUCAACCCAAACGAGGAUGUAACCAUUGAUAUUGCAACGUUAACAAGCAAAAACAGAGUGGUUCAGAUCUUGAGAAAUGAAGUUCGAAGCUAUGAUGGCGACUUGGGCUUGGCUCAGAUCUAUCCUGUAUGGGAUGAAGAUACUAGCGAAGAACGGAUGGCCAUUACCACUAGCCUUGUGGAUCCGUACGUCGCGAUACUCCGCGAUGAUUCAACGUUAUUACUUCUCCAAGCAGACGAUAGCGGAGAUCUCGAUGAAGUCGAGUUGAAUGAACAGAUGGCGAAUUCAAAGUGGACCUCGUGCUGCUUGUACUUCGACAAAACUGGGAUCUUCUCCUCUAUGAGGGCAACCUCGAACGAGUCGACUCAAAGAAACAUGACUCUUUUCCUAAUGACCCAGGAUUGCCGUUUAUUUAUAUAUCGGCUUCCUGAUCAGAAACUAUUAGCGAUAAUCGAAGGUGUCGAUUGUCUGCCGCCCAUUUUGUCAAGUGAACCUCCGAAGCGGUCAACUACACGCGAAGCCUUGACCGAAGUUGUUGUUGCUGACCUUGGAGACACCUGGAGCAGCUUUCCUUACCUAAUUGGUGUUGUUCAUGUGUGUCGAGUGCCUCUUGGUGUUCAGCUUGACUAUUCGUGGGCAAUACAACAGAUACCCAUUGGAGAGCAAGUUGAUCACCUAGCCUACUCUUCGUCAUCUGGCAUGUAUGUCCUAGGAACUUCUCACAGGACAGAAUUCAAGUUACCUGACGAUGAUGAGUUACAUCCCGAGUGGCGUAAUGAAAUGACCUCGUUCUUUCCUGAAGUGCAGCGAAGCUCUCUAAAAGUCGUGAGUCCGAAAACGUGGACCGUCGUUGAUAGUUAUCUAUUGGGCCCUGCCGAGCAUGUGAUGGCGGUAAAAAACAUGAGCCUUGAGAUCUCUGAGAACACACAUGAGCGUAAGGAUAUGAUCGUUGUGGGAACAGCAUUUGCAAGAGGCGAAGACAUUGCAUCGCGUGGUUGCGUGUACGUCUUUGAAGUCAUCAAGGUCGUCCCUGAUCCUGAGAGGCCGGAGACAGACCGUAAAUUGAGACUCGUAGGCAAAGAGCCGGUAAAAGGAGCAGUAACCGCCUUGUCCGAAAUCGGUGGCCAGGGCUUUCUGAUAGUCGCACAGGGACAGAAAUGCAUUGUCAGAGGCCUCAAAGAAGAUGGUAGCCUUCUUCCUGUUGCUUUCAUGGACGUGCAGUGCCAUGUUAGCGUGGUAAAAGAGCUUAAGGGCACAGGAAUGUGCAUCAUCGCUGAUGCUGUGAAAGGGCUUUGGUUUGCGGGCUACUCAGAAGAGCCUUAUAAAAUGAGCCUCUUCGCAAAGGAUCUGGAUUAUCUCGAGGUCCUGGCAGCAGAUUUCCUUCCUGAUGACAACAAGCUGUUCAUUCUCAUCGCUGACAGUGACUGCAACCUUCAUGUGCUCCAAUAUGACCCUGAAGAUCCAAAAUCGUCCAAUGGCGAUAGACUACUGAGUCGCAGCAAAUUCCAUACAGGUAACUUCAUCUCGACGUUGACGCUCUUGCCGCGGACUUCAGUCUCCUCCGAGCAAAUGAUCUCUGAUGUUGAAGCGAUGGAGAUUGACGUCAAAAUUCCUCGCCACCAAAUGCUCAUUACCUCCCAAAACGGAUCCGUUGGCCUCGUCACAUGUGUCUCCGAAGAGUCCUACCGUCGAUUGUCCGCUUUACAAUCUCAACUGACAAACACUAUUGAGCAUCCAUGCGGUCUCAAUCCUCGGGCUUUUCGGGCAGUGGAAAGCGACGGCACUGCAGGCAGGGGAAUGCUCGAUGGAAAGCUUCUCUUCCAAUGGCUAGACAUGAGCAAGCAACGCAAGGUGGAAAUAGCGAGUCGUGUUGGAGCAAAUGAAUGGGAGAUCAAAGCAGAUUUUGAAGCUAUUAGUGGCGAAGGGCUUGGAUACCUGUAA